CGGAGUGGACAAAUGACCCCCCCUGCAUUUCAUGACUUGCACGGUUCUCACUCCAACGCGUAUACUUCCACACUGAUACCGGACCGCGGCGGGACCGGCUCUACCUUGGAAGGCAGUGAGUGAGUCAACCCAAGCCGCCCCUGACAAAUGCCCAACUUCAAUCUGGGGGAGUCAAUCCCCCCUCAUACAGCCCAUGCUGUGAGCUUCUCCCUGCCAACAUGGCGGUCCAACAUUGGCUACGAGGAGGGCGAGGACUGGGUCAUUGGACGCAUGGAAACUGGCUAUCCUCGCUUCUUCAUCCACAGGAGCAUCCAAGCUUUUGCCGCAGACAUCGUGGCAAAGUUCGGCACGCAGGGCUCCAAGGCCUUUCUGUUCCCAACGCGUCAGAUAGCGGCCCGCUGCUUGUCUUUUGUGAAGGCUCGCGCCCCUCCCGCGGCUGCGGCCUCGCUCCAAACGGUCCAUCUCGUCUUGGACACGACAAAAGCGACGCCCGACGCCCUGCUGUCGCUCGCUCCCACCAUAUGUGCUGUGCUCGGCUCGCAGGAGGCGUUCCCCUUCCUCAAGCAGUACUGGCAGCACACGGGCGACGGCGUGUCCAGCCGCAGGGCCGAGUUCUGUCAUGCGCUCUUCAAAGAUGGACUGCUCCGCUUGGAUGACGGGACUACGACCCCGGCUCCCGCGAGCCCGAAGCCUUGUAAGGGUCCCAAGCGCUACCAGCGGCCGUCAUCGCUCGACGUGACAAGAGCGACGCCGUCGCCCAAACCCAGCCCGGACAGGGACUCCGGGGCCGGGCCCGACAUUCAGGAGACGUUCCGCUUUCUCGAGGAGCGUUUCGGCAGGAACCUCGACGUCUCCUUGGUCCAGCCUGCCAAAUCCGCCAUCAGGAGGAGAAUCGCCGGUGCGCUCCGGAGCGACAGCGAGCCCACCGCUGCCCCGCCGCCAGAGCACGAGAUGGAGUCGAACUCGCGUGGCGUGGUGAAUCUCAAGGAGGACGACGUCUACCUGUUCCCUUGCGGCAUGAGCGCCAUCUUCCACUCCCACCGCGCCCUCCUUGCCGCCCGCGGCAGUCUGAAGAGCGUCAACUUCGGCUUUCCCUACGUAGACACCCUCAAGAUUCUCCAGAAGUUUGGGCCCGGUGCUGUGUUUUACGGGCGCACGUCCGAGUCGGAUCUGGAUGCCUUCGAGCAGCGCCUAGAAGCCGGCGAGCGGUUCCUCGCGCUCUUCUGCGAAUUCCCCGGCAACCCUCUCCUGACGUGCCCCAACCUCGGCCGCAUCCGGCAGCUCGCCGACAAGUACGACUUUGCCGUCGUGGUGGACGAGACCAUCGGCACGUUCGCUAACGUCAACGUGCUCCCCUACGCCGACAUCGUGGUCAGCAGCCUGACCAAGAUCUUCUCGGGCGACUGCAACGUCAUGGGCGGCAGCGCCAUCUUCAACCCCAACGGCCGGUACUACGCGGCCCUGAAGCGGUGGGCGCGCACCGAGUACGAGGACACGUACUGGCCCGAGGACGUCAUGUUCAUGGAGCGCAACAGCCGCGACUUUGCCUCGCGCAUCGACCGGAUCAACGCCAACGCCGAGGCCAUCUGCGAGGUCCUGCGGAGCAGCCCGCUGGUCAAGGACGUCUUCUACCCGAAGUACAACGAAACGAGGGCCAACUACGAGGCGUGCAAGCUGCCCGGCGGGGGAUACGGCGGCCUGCUGUCCGUCGUCUUCCACCGGCCCCAGCAGGCGGUCGCUUUUUACGACGCCAUCGACACGGCCAAGGGCCCGAGUCUGGGAACCAACUUUACCCUCACCUCGCCCUAUGUGCUCCUGGCGCAUUACCAGGAGCUAGACUGGGCGAAGAGCUUUGGCGUCGAGCCCCACCUGAUCCGCAUCAGUGUCGGGCUCGAGGAGACGGAUAAAAUCGUGGAUGUAUUCGAGGCGGCGCUCAAGGCCGCCGCCGAAGAGGGUGCCAAAAGCCAAGAAUGACCAAGCACAACAACGUACAAGGCUUGAUUGCUUCAAGAUUAAGCAUUACAUUUACUUGACCGUCACUCCCUCGUUGGUAUCAUAGUCGUCGUGUGUGUCUGUCUGUGUAUGCACCUGCGCAAAAAAGCCGAACGCUCCGCGUGGCCUCUCUCCGCUGG